UCUCUCUGUUUCGGUGUGACGUAAUACGGUAGUCUCUCUUUCGUACAAAGGGAGGGAUUUUGUCUGAAAGGGUGUUAACCCACAUAAAUAAAUCUGUCCUUGAACCCAGUUUCGUUAAAAGAAAGAAACCCUUUUCUCCCUAACUGAAAUAAAGAUUCAAGGGGUAAAGAAGGAUGUGGAAGUCAAUGGUAGUCAUGGCGUUGGUACUCUGGUUGUCUUUGUUGUUUUGUAGCAUCAGUCGCAGCAUCAGAAGCUCCAGCAGCUCCAGAAGCUCCUUCCCCAAGGAAAACAGGAGGGUUUCGAUCUCCAGCAUUGGUAUGGUGGAGGGUUUAGUACCAGAUCAGAGGGUGAAACAGAGUCAUAAUAUUGUGGGUCUAGUGGUAGAGGAGUUCAUCUUUGCUGCAAACUCGGUUCCUUUCAAUAGCUGUCAUGCCUCCACUAUCGUUGAGGUUAAGAAAGAUCUUUUUCUUGUUGCCUACUUUGGUGGUUCUCACGAGGGAGCACCUGAUGUGAAAAUUUGGUUGCAGACUUACAAGGAUGGCUCAUGGCAUCCUCCUAUUGUGGUCGAUGAAGAACCUGAUGUGCCAAUGUGGAAUCCUGUACUAUUCAAGCUUCCAUCAAAUGAAUUGCUACUGUUCUAUAAGAUUGGUCAGGAGGUCCAGAAAUGGAGUGGAUGCAGGAAGCGGUCAUUAGAUGGAGGUAUCACUUGGAUGGAAAGGGAACAACUUCCACCUGGAAUAAUAGGACCCAGCAAGAAUAAGCCUAUCUUACUGGAGGAUGGACGCUUGCUCUGUGGAUCUUCUGUGGAAAGUUGGAACUCUUGGGGUGCAUGGAUAGAGGUCACAGCAGAUGCAGGACAAUCAUGGAGGAAAUUUGGACCAAUAUUUAUAGAGAAUGAAUCUCUCAGUGUGAUCCAACCAGUUCCCUACAUGACUGCAAAUGGGACAUUACGUGUUCUUCUGCGAUCUUUUGAAGGAAUAGGUAGAAUUUUUAUGUCAGAAUCCUAUGAUGGUGGUAUGACCUGGAGUUAUGCAAAGCCUACAGAACUCCCGAACCCAAAUUCAGGAAUUGAUGGGGUUAAAUUGAAUGAUGGGCGUAUAUUACUUGCAUACAACACAAUCUCAAGAGGCGUUCUCAAAGUAGCCAUCUCGUCAGAUGAUGGUGACUCCUGGAAUGAGAUGGUAACAUUAGAGGAUAAUUUGGAAAUGGAAUUCUCUUAUCCUGCUGUAAUCCAAGCCAGUGAUGGAUUUGUUCAUAUCACCUACACAUAUAACAGGACACAGAUUAAGCAUGUUGUUCUCAACCCCAACUAAUUUUUAGCAUCUUUGCCGCUGGAGCUUUAAGAGG